UAGACAAGUUAGAGAUUCGGGUGUUUUUUUCCCCUGUGACAUGUGCUCUAGUUGCGGAGAAAAGGAAAUGUGUCAUCAUCUGUGGUUUGGUUCGAAAAGUGGAGAGCUAGCUGUACAUGCCCUUUUUUGCUGCAGAUUUACUUGAACAUUCCUAUUUCUCCAAGUCCGUUCUGCUUUAUAUUACUGCAAGCUGUGCUUAAAGACAAGAAAAGAAGUGGCUUGUUAAAAUAAGGUUAUAAUCAGAUUUUGACCAACCAUUUUGCAAGUUUGUUUAUUUGGGGAUGACAGCACAUCUGGCUGAAGACAAUCAACAGCGGGCCCAUUGUCCAUCCCGUGGUUACUGGCAUUAUCACGGACAUGAAACACACAGGUCAUUACCUGCAUCUUGCCUUUCUGAUGACAACAGUUUUUUCUUUGUCUUCUGGAACAAGAACAAACUAUACCCAUCUGGGGGCUAACAACACUACUGUCUGGGAUCCAGAUAUUCAAAAUAAGACAGGCAGAAACCAAAACGAAAACAGUAACACAAACUCUGCAACUCAAGUAGAUAAAAGGAGCAAUUCUACAAACAUGCCUGAAAUAGCAGCAUCGCCUCACAUCACAUCUUUCACCCCUAAAUCUGAACUGGAGCUUUAUACACCUUCGGUUGCUAGGAACAGUGCUCCGACAUUACAGAGCAUCGAAAACACAAGCAAAAGUCACAGUGAAAUUUUCAAAAAAGAAGCCUGUGAGGAAAACAACAACAAAAUGGCUAUGCUAGUUUGCUUAAUUAUAAUUGCAGUGCUUUUUCUUAUCUGCACCCUUCUAUUUCUAUCCACAGUGAUUCUGGCAAACAAACUCUCAUAUCUCAAGCGAUCAAAACAAGUAGGCAAGCGCCAGCCUCGAAGCAAUGGCGAUUUUCUGGCAAGCAGCGGUCUAUGGCCUGCUGAAUCAGAUACUUGGAACAGAGCAAAACAGCUCACAGGGCCCAACCUAAUGAUGCAAUCUGCUGGAGUGCUCACAGCUACAAGGGAAAAAAAAGAUGAAGAAGGAACUGGAAAACUCACUAACUAACAGAUGCUUUAGUGAAGAAAAAUGCAAAGUAGCAAUGGGAAACGUUAGGAAGUAAAAAUGAAGUCAGUUUGAUACUUAAUGUCAAUAUGUUGGUCUGAUGAUCUAAAAUUUUACACGGCAGGCCUUGCAAUUUAGAAUUAAGCAGGUGAGAAGGGGAGACGUAUGCCUGCUUACUUAAUUACUUAAACGGUGUACUUUUGUCCUGACACUGAAUAUUUUAAAAAGCAAAUAAUAAAACAACCAAAAAUGUAAGGAAGAUUUUAAAGACAAAUUGAAAAAACUGACUAAUAGAAAUAGAAAUUGACAAUUAAAUUUUUCUUGUUCAGCAAUAGUAGUUAGAUGAUCUUGGAAAAUAAGUAAACUUUUGAAUAGUUUUACUGUGUCCUUAGAGGCAAAUAUAUGCUUCAACAUCUAACAGAAUUCAAAUUUCUAACUGUAUAGUUUAAUGGUACCUUCCUUUGCUGAAUGUGACAAAAAUCCAUACCAGCUCUUAAAUCAACACAGCUAAUUUUAUGCUAGAUGUUUUCAUCUUUAUAUAUGCAAACAUAAGAAAAUGUUUUUCUACUAUAAAUAUUUAAUUAAAACUUUUAAUUUUGUAUAAUAAAUUAAGACUUUGUUAGAAUAAAACUGACUACAUAUAUUUGCAUUCACUUUACUAUCUGAGAGAACACACAUAAGAACACACGUAAAGCACAACUGAAACAGAUGAGAUUAUGGCCACAACAGAAGACUACCUGUAAAUGUAAAGCAUAUCUGACUGUUUAAGUGUAACAUACCUCUAUUGUAUAAAUAUUGCUCUUUGGAUUAUUUGUAGCAAAUAUCCAAAAGUUGAUUUUUCAACUUCAAGGAUGCCAAGUGGCCUAAUAAAUGACCAAUUUCAUUUUUUUA